UUGGGUGGAGGCAGUAGUAUUAAUUAUAUGUACUACUCACGUGGCUGUCCAGGAGAUUAUGAUUCCUGGGCUGAAUUGAGCAAAGAUCCUAUUUGGAAUUAUAAAAAUAAUUUGCCAUACUUCAAAAAAAGCGAAAGAUUACUAAGUGAAAAAAUCUUAAAAUCUCGCUAUAGAUUGUAUCAUGGCACGAAAGGGUUUCUCGGUGUCACCAGAGAAGAUAGGCCAGAAAUAAAGAAAUAUUUGGAGGCUUUCGGAGAAUUAGGUAAUGACAUACUCCUCGACAUUAAUGGAGAACGCAGUCUAGGUUACACGCCCCAGUUGUACACUAUUGCUGAAGGAAAGAGACAAACAACAGCAUUCACGAAUCUAGGUAAAAAUAAAUUUCGAAAAAAUCUUUAUGUUCUAAAAAACGCUGUAGUUAUAGAGAUUUUAUUUGAUGAAUACAAUAACGCUAUUGGUGUUAAAGCUGUGACCGAAAAUAAUAAAAUAGUAACCAUUAAAGCAAAGCGUGAAGUUAUUGUAUCAGCAGGUGCUAUCAAUACUCCUAAAUUACUCAUGUUAUCAGGCAUUGGUCCAAAAGAACACUUGGAAUCAUUAAACAUUAAUGUAAGAAGUGACUUGCCUGUUGGUCGGAACUUUCAAGAUCACUGGAUACUAACGUUAACUUUCAAAAUGGAAAAAACAGAAAAUAUUCCUGGGCCAGGCAAUCCACACCAAACACCACUUCCAGUAUUUAUUGGCUACGUAACAGUAAAUAAAUCAAAAUCUUGUGCCGAUUAUUUAACCUAUAAUGUGAUAGCACCAAGGGAUUCAGACGGUCCUCUUAUCUCGUGCACCUUUAACAUGAGGUAUAAAGACUAUUUGUGUCAAAAUAUGUACGAUGCUUGUAAGGGUAGAAAUACCAUGCUAACCGUGCUCAGUUUACAACAUCCAAAAUCAAAAGGGCAGAUCAAUUUGAUGACGAAUAAUCCAAUGGAUGCACCAAAUAUUUCUAACGGUCUAUUUUCGGAUGAAAGGGAUCUAGAAGAUAUGACUACUUAUAUUGAAGACUUUGUUCGUGUUGUUAAUACGACUUAUUUUAGAAGUGUCAAAUCAGAAAUAGUGGAUAUGAAAAUAAAAGAAUGCGCUGAUUGGGAGUUUGGUAGUAGAAAUUAUUGGAAGUGUUAUGCAAGAAGUUUGACGUCAUCCUCUUUACACUAUAUUGGUACAGCUUCUUUAGGUUCAGUAGUGGACAGCAAGUUGCGAGUCUUCAAUGUCAAUCGACUGCGAGUAGCUGACGCUAGUGUUAUACCAUCCCAUAUUUCUGGUAAUCCAAAUGUUGUUGUGAUAAUGAUCGCUGAACAUUUGGCAGACUUUUUGAAAGAUGACCACCAUUGA